AUGUCAACCAUCGAGGAUACUCAUCUUCUAAAGCCUAUUACCGAUGUGCAAUUAGAACCUCGAAAGACGUUGAUGCCAAUCGGUGGAUACGAAGCAAUGCCUCUUUUACCAAUCGAAAUUGCUGUCGAAACUUUGGUGGAUAUUAUACCUGAUAUACAACGUAAAACGUACAUUGCAAAACUGUGUGCUCAAGAUCAUACGUCUACGGAUUCUCUUACAAUAGAUGAAUCUACAAGCAUUAUUUUAUUUACGAUGGAAUGGAAUCCAGAAAGUUUGUAUUCCGCACUGAAUCGGGGUCUUCGAUCAGAAGAUCGUCGUGCAUUGAAAAUUUGGUUUCCUUAUUUAAAGUUAUUUUUGACAACUGUGUAUAAGCUGUCAGGUAUCGCUCGUCACGUAUGGCGCGGUGUGACACUUGACCUAAACAAAGAUUACAUGAAAAAUCAAACUUACAUUUGGUGCGGAUUCUCAUCGACCACGCAGUCGCUGGAUGUACUUGAAUCGGAAGAGUAUCUCGGACGAGCAGGAACUCGUACACUAUUUAAUAUUGAUUAUAUGAAUGCGAAGCCAAUAAGAAAUCAUUCAUUUUAUCAGUCGGAAGAUGAACUGAUUUUGCUUUCUGCUUUUCAGUUUCAAGUAACAGGCAAAUUAGAUUCAGCUGAUGGUUUACACAUCAUUGAACUGAAAGAAGAUGCUGAUUUACUUCGUGAUUAUGUUGCUUAUGCACGUACAUUUGUUGGUCCUCAAUUAACUGAAGCUAGUGGUAAACUAUUGGUAAGUUCAUA